CGAUUUCAUGAAAAAAAAAGAAACGAUCAUAAAGGCAUAAUAGAGCUGAUAAGAAGUCAUGAAUAAAUUUCACAAUGAAAAUAAAAAACGAAAUUAUAAUAAUCGAGUCAAAGUUGGAACACAGUGUGAUUAAAAGGGUGAUAGUGGGUGAGGGUGAGAGACACUGGCAUAAAAAGAAAGCAGCUACAUAUAUUUAGUUGGAAAGUAGUAUGUAUAUGUAUAUAUAUCGACUUGUAGAAUGGCGAGUGCCGCGAUAUCGAUCCCACGCAAUAUCGCAUUGUACCCAGUAGCGUUUCCGCGGGCGUAGCGACGUUGAAUGUGACCGUGAUGGUAGCGGUGGUGAUAAUCAUAUCUUUUUUUGCCAGUGUCUGAUUAUUCUAAUUCUAAGAAAAUUACUCAAAUAUAACACAGGCUGAAAAAAUAAUAUGUAUAGUAUGAAUACAAAAUAGUAAGAUAACAUUAUUUAUGUGUAUUGUUCGAUAUUCAGUGAAAAUGUGGGGAAGAGCAAGUAUGGCAGCUAUAAUGAUUCUGAUUUUAACAUAUUUGUGCACAUUGAAUAUUGUAUAUGCCAAAGAUACUAUCUCAGAAUCUGGUUCGAGCGACAUCAAUGCAGAAAACAUUUUGGAACGCGCAACUACAUGGUUGUGGAGCCAACGUAAUAAAGAUGCCGGUUGGGGAAACGAUACUCAUCGAGUUUUGUUAGUUCUCCGAUUGAGCAAUCUCUCGCGAGAUGAUAACGUUGCACCUGCAGCUCCUCUCGAACUACAAUUGAGUAGUAAACAAAUGGAACUUGAAAUAGUGUUACUAUUGUGGAGGCAUAGAGAAGUUAAUUUUUCUCCUGUUCGAUUAGCACGCUAUACACUUGCCUUAAAUGCUAUGUGCACAGAUCCAAGACAAUUCCAUGGUCAUGAUUUGAUUGGAACGCUUCAACAUCAUGAGCCACCGACUGAUUUUGAAUUUGCGUUAACAACAUUAGCUGCGUGUAAUGCACAAGCCCAUGUACGAAAGAGACAGAUACGUCGGUUAUUAGAUAUUGCAAACGCUGCUCAAGAUCAUAAUAUUGAUACUGUUGCAAUGGUAAUCUUGGCCUUAAAGUGCAUUGUUCAGGAUCACAGACAUCGAAAUCUUCAUCAUUUUGUGCGUAAACCAUCGGUCGGCUUAGCACAGCAACAAAAACUCGAUGGUAGUUUUGGAGACAUACGAACAACGGCUUUGGUAAUGCAAGCUCUUGAAGAGGUAGAAAAUGAACCUGUUGAUAAUUGGAAUAGAUCUGCCGCUUUAGCUUGGUUAACAAGUCAACAACAAACUGAUGGCUCUUUUGGGGAUGUUCGAGUAACUGCUGAAGCAUUACUUGGUAUAGCACCGCGUGGUUUAGCUAGUAUUAGAACUCUUGAUUGCGGACAAGGAUUUUCUGAAACUUCAUCACCAAAAUUUACCACAAAUGGUAAUGAGUCAACACCAGUUUCAAGUAAUCGUAACGAUAGUAUAUCAAUAUUUGUAAUUUCUGGAACCAACACAAGUAAUGUUACUAUUGGAAAUAACGGAACUAAUGGAAAUAAUAGUAAUAGUGGAACCAAUGGCAAUAAUGCAACAAAUACUUUCAAUACGAAUAAUACAGACGGCGUAAUCAUUACUAGUACAACACCAAUCAUGGUGAACGUUUCUUAUACUUUAUGGGUUGGCAGUAAUGUGAAUGAGACAUACAGUUUGAUAGUGACUGCUCCUAAAAAUGAAACAUUUUACGACGUGAUGCUUCUAGCUGCAGAAAUGUCACCACAUUUCCAAUUCGUUGCAUCUGAAUGGCCAAAUGGACAUUAUGUCCACACGAUAGCCGGUUAUAAGGAGGAACCAAUGUCUUAUCAUUAUUGGUUGUUAUAUCGUCUUAAUUCUCCACCAGAUUCAACUUCACCACCGGGUAAUCAACUAGUCGCACCUGGUGGUGUGGAUGAUCUACAGAUUAGCGAGGGAGAUCAUUAUCUGUUUUGGUAUAAAAAACUAUGAGAAGCAGUAAUACAUCGACAUUCAGUCGAAACAAACGAAAAACGAAAGAUGAUAGAAAAAUGGAACUGUGUGUGCAUACAGAGAUUGUGAGAAGACAAAAACAAAGAGUAGAAAUUUUUAGUCGCUCGAAAAUGAGGGCUUACUCUAUUCACUGCCAUCCCUAAAUAUAUGUAUGGCAUACAAUGUAUGCGGCAUUUUCCUGGAAUAUCUUUGUAUGAAUUGCUCGUAUGUUGUGUUCUUAGGAAAGUGCCGAAAAAAUAGAGUUGGCAGUGACUGAUUCUUUAAACUUUGCUCUAAUCGAGCUGAUUCAAUAAUAAGUCGGUAACACACGACAUCGCUAUUGGACUGACGUGGUAUAGAGUAAUGAUGUACCAUGCGUAUAGUUAUUUAAGCUAACAGCAUAUUUUCUAUGAAACUGCAAUGCACAACCACAUCGUACCUACUUAUAUGAUAUGGUGAUACCAUAUAAUAUCAACGUAUUGAUUGAUAUUUAAUAAAUCCCAUAUCUAUAUGUAUUAGUAACUAAUCUAUUUCUUGGUAUUUUACUGCGCAUAUUGCUUUAUAAUCACCGAAUAUCUGCGCUACAAGACAAAAUAUCUGCUUGUCACAAUACAUUAAAAUUAAUCCGGAAGAAGAUACAUUUCGAUCAAUAGUUUUUCAUAAUUUGCCUAAUAUUAUAAUAUACCUACAGUUUCCUUUGUUCCUUGAAAUUAAUAAAAUGUCGAAUUACUAAUUGUA